CAAUGUUUGCAAUAUGAUUUGACUUCCCGAAUUAUUAUUAAACAUUCAAUUUGAUUUUCACUUUGCAUCAAAAAAUCGAGCAUUGGCACAGGCCUACUAGAAAUGACACUGAGUUUACAGUGAAUGAGGUGACAGGAGUGUUGUUUGUUGCCUGAUCGCACUGGUGAACACGCGAGGUGCUGCAGCGACGGUGCGAUGGAAGGCAACGGCACCAACGCCUCUCAGCCCCACGCCCGCGUCCCCAGCAUCCUGAACCUCAACCUGGAGGACACCAACUGGGUCAUGACGUCGUCGUUCAUCAUCUUCACCAUGCAGACAGGGUUCGGCAUGCUGGAGUCGGGCUGCGUGUCGGUGAAGAACGAGGUGAACAUCAUGAUGAAGAACGUGGUGGACGUCGCCCUCGGGGGGCUCACCUACUGGGCGUUCGGCUUCGCCAUGAGCUUCGGCCGCAGCCCGCUGAACAACCCCUUCACCGCGCUCGGCGACUUCCUGGUCGACCCGGCCGUGGAGGACCCGCUCAUGGGCCCCAUCUCGGCCGCCUUCCUGUUCCAGCUGUCCUUCGCCACGACCGCCACCACCAUCGUGUCCGGGGCCAUGGCGGAGAGGUGCAACUUCAAGGCAUACUGCAUAUUCUCCCUGCUGAACACGAUCGUCUACUGCAUUCCCGCGGGCUGGGUCUGGGGCGAGCACGGCUUCCUCAACCAGAUGGGGGUGGUGGACAUUGCCGGCUCUGGACCCGUGCAUCUCAUCGGGGGAUGCUCGGCGCUGGUGUCCGCUGCCAUGCUGGGGCCGAGACUCGGCCGCUACGCCGACGGGAAGGAGCCCCUGCCCCCGGGCACGCCGGUCAACGCAGUCAUGGGGCUGUUCGUGCUGUGGUGGGGCUGGCUGGGGUUCAACUCCGGAAGCACGUACGGUGUGAGCGGGGCCAAGUGGGAGUAUGCGGCCCGCGCGGCCGUCAUGACCAUGUUGGCCUCGUUCGGUGGAGGAUGCAUGGGUCUGGCCUAUUCGCUGGUGACGACGCAGGGCCGGCUGGACAUUCUGGUCCUCAUCAACGGCAUUCUGGGGUCACUCGUCGCCAUCACAGCCGGCUGCUUCCUCUACCGGGCGUGGGAGGCACUGCUGAUCGGCGCUGUGGGCUCCGCCAUCACUUGCGUCUCCAUGCCGAUGUUCGACGCGCUCGGCAUCGACGACCCCGUGGGAGCCUCCUCCGUACACGGUAUGGCAUCCAUCUGGGGCGUGCUGGCGGUCGGCCUGUUCGCAGACAAUCCUCGGCCACUGCAGACGACGAGUGGCAGAAGUGGCUUGUUUAAAGGUGGCGGCUGGUACAUGCUUGGAGUCCAGUCCCUCUCCGUGCUGUGCCUGUCCACCUGGGCCAUAACCACCAACUACAUCCUGCUGUGGUUCACGAACAAGAUCGUCCCCAUCCGCAUGGACCCGAUGAGCGAGCUGCUCGGGGCAGACCUGGUGGAGCACCGCAUCCGGCACGCCAAGGCCGGCAUCAGCCGCAUCAUGUCCGCGGUGAAGCCCUUCCCGGAGGAGGGCGACUUGCGGCGGGUCCCUGCGAUGGGGUGCAACCCGGGUGAGCUCACGCUGUGGCGCCGCGGAGCGCACCGAUCCAGUAGGACCCAGCCUCGUAGGUGAUCACUGGGCCGACACCACCAGAGACGAAUACAGGCUUUCCUUCGCCACGAGCAGAAAUUUUAAUUAGGCAUCCCACCCCCUACCCCACACCGGGUACAUUACAUGUAAAAUUAUAAGUCAAAUUUUAUCAAAUCCCUUGUAAUUACCAUUGUUUAAGUAUCCAAGUGGUUGUUUCACGUACUGUAUGUAUAUCAAUAAUUUAAGCUGUAUUCGAAUACAUAGGGACGCAUCCAUAGCACACACGUCCCUACAUCCCUUAGCAAAUGCAGCCAGAAUGUUAAGGAUGCAUUUCUAAUGGAUGGAUGGUAUCCGAAUACAUACCUUUACUGCUAACCCUUGCCCACAUCAAUCCCAAGCCCUCAGGAACAGUAUACGAGACCGUCCCUUGGUCCUGCAGAGACUUUGUAUCCACGGGACACCAGGGAAAUAACCCAGAAGAGAUUUCGAGUUCGCUCACCGUGCCAACCCCCAACACUGUCUAUACCUGUUCUCGCAGUGCUGAUCCCCGAGAUGCCUGGCUACUACCCCCGUGCAACAUGAGAUCGGAGGACUAGCGACCGGGAGCCAGACCACUGAGUAGUGUCUGACUAGCUAAAGACCUUGGUCAAAAACCCGCUGCGAAAAGGCAUCACGUGCAAGUAGUGUAAGUGUGUCGAUUCUGGGCCAGUAUGUAUGGAGAGGCUGUCACGACAAAGUGUCAACUUGUAAUAAAACCUGUGAGUGUUCCCACAAACCACUUGCCAUCCAGUGUAAGUGACCUACUACCUGCCAUGCCUCUUUUGUGGACACUUUCUAUCCCCAUUAACAAUUUCAUGCUCUGUUAUUUCUGGCCUUCACUAAAG